CCAUAAACACCUGCUAAGAUAUUUCUCACUUUUGUUAUACAACUUUACUUUAACUUCGCGGUUUGGCCGCGGUUUAAGUUGCUAAUUUACCAAAACCUCGAUAUUAGUACGAAAUUGUUUGGCAAAUUGUGAAGGCAGUCGCAAGUGAAGUAGUGAAAUAGUGGCGGAAGUAGAAUUCUUCGAUUGAAUAAUUUACGUUCUUAAAUUUGAAAAAUAAAUAUGUCAAAAUUUGCAAUAUUGCUUCUAUUAUUCGGCACCACAGCGGUCCUGUGGCAACAGGCUGAAGCGAAGCCAUUUCUUUUCUUGCCCCCGAAUUUCUUCGUUUUGACGACGAGAGCACCAUCCACUGACAGUACUUCAUCUUCAAGCUCAACAGCAUACUCCUCCUCCUCAUCAACAUCGUCGGCAUUCGGUGGUCUUUUCCAAUUGCCGAUGAACCUUAUAAGCCACAAAUUAAAUUUUAUAAAUAGUUUGCUAUCGAGUUUUAGCGGUGGCGCUGGUGCUGGUGGUAGCAUUGGUGCGGGUGGCAAUAUUGGUGGCGGUGGCAAACUAGCUGCCAGUGGGAAGUUUGGCGGCAGUUUUGGACUUGGUUUUAAAUUCAACGCAGGCACGACAACGGCCAGACCUAGAACAACUACCGAAGAAGCAAAUAUAAGUUUUGCGCCACAGUCUACCACAAAUACUCCCAAAUCAACAACUGGCAACAGCAUUGAUAAUAGCCGCGACUCAACAAGCACAACAACUACAGACAAUUCUUUCGUUAGUUCAACAAAACCAAAUGUAGAAGUUUCAAGCAUUUCAACGACAGAAAGUAGUCCGGCCUACAGCAGCUCCACUUCGAAAUCGAUUGUAGAUAUUACGGCGGGUGUUACCAGCGUUGGGCCUACAAUAGUUGCAGAACAACCCGUGGUCACUGAAACAACAGAAAAAGUUACAAGUAAUUUCGCCACCAGCACAGAGUCUCUUGUGAGCAGCACUGCUAAAUCGACAAUAACACCAACAACAGAAAAAUAUUCCACCGAAGUUGACUCCACCUCAGAGACGGUUUUGAGCUCUACAAUCGGCACUGUCAACGAAGAUAAGCCAACAGUAGUUGCACAAACCCCAGCGAUUGUCACGACUACCGAAAAAGUUGCCGAACCUCUCACUUUUACCACUGAGCGCAUUGAAGAUAACGGAAGCAUUGACGGUGAUGUUGACCGAACAGAUAAGCCGGAAGCGGAAGUAACAACGGCAUCCGUAUAUAGUGGGGAUAAAGGCAAAGAAACCGGUGGUUAUAACUAUGAAAAGCAUGAAGUGAGUAAUGGCGUGAGUGGGAAAGGUUAUGCCUAUCAGAAACCACGUCCAGACUAUGAUAAUGAAAUUAUCCCUAGUAAGCCAAGUAACAUGUAUUUACCCGUUCUAUAAGUUAGUUGAUACAGGAAGUGGUGAUAAGUACCGACUGUAUAUAUAUAAUAUAAUGCAGUCACGACUCAGGAUCAUCCUGUUUAUCGUAGUAUUAAGUAUUUUACGACUUCGAAAAUGUAUGUACAUAUGUAUUAAUGUAUAUAAUUCUAAAGCUCUUAUUCAAGUUUUGCCAAUAAAU